AUGCCAGGCCAAACUUUCGAACAGCGGAUGCAGGAGGCUGUGAAGAAUCGAGAGAUUCCCGGAGCUCUUCUGAUCGCUGGUGAUAGAGAAGGCAGAUACCGGUACGAGAAAGCUUUCGGGUUACGCUCACUCAAAGACGCUACCAAUCCUGAUCCUAUGAAGCUUGAUGCUGUCAUGUGGCUUGCUUCAUGUACCAAGCUUCCCACCACAAUUGCGGCCGUGCAAUGCGUUGAGCGAGGACUGUUGAAGCUCGACGAGGAUGUUACGAACAUAUUGCCUGAGUUUAAAGGGGUCAAGAUCUUGACGGGGUUUGAAGAGGACGAACAGGGGAAAGAAACGCCAGUGUUGGUAGAGAAUACCAAGGCGAUCACUCUCAGACACCUCCUUACCCAUUCCUCAGGACUCACAUAUGAUUUCUUCAAUCCGUUGAUGACACGAUACCGGAAAUGGCAGAAGAAAACACCAGACCUCAACACUUCCCAAGACCUCAAAGAAGCUUUCCUCUUUCCCCUCCUCUUCGUACCAGGUGAAGCCUGGGAAUAUGGCGUAGGGAUUGAAUGGGCUGGCUGGAUGGUCGAGCGCGUCACCAACAUGUCGCUCGAGGCUUACCAGCAACAAAACAUCUGGGGUCCGCUUGGCGUCAAGAGCUUUUCGUUCUUUCCGAAAACAAAACCAGAUCUCAUGGCCAAGAUGACAGAUAUGAAUGACCGGGAAGGAGGCGUUACGAUGUUCGGUACGACGGCAAAUCCAACCGGCAAGAUUGUGCAUAGAGAGGGAAAAGAGCUCUGGAAUAGUGGUUCCGAGACUGUUUUGGCUGAUGAUGGGAAGUUACUGAAAUCGGAGACGGUGAAGGAGAUGUUCAAACCGCAGUUGACGGAUGCUUCGAGGGCGACUUUGAUGGAGAUUUUGAAACUGUCCGAAGUCAACAACACAUUUGGUGGUUUGCCUCUCGGUACUAAGGUUGACUGGGGAUUGGGUGGGAUGUUGGCCAUGGAGGAUGUUGGAAGUAGAAGAAAGGGUACUAUGUUUUGGGGUGGAUACCCGAACUUAAUGUGGUUUGUCGAUCGUGUUGGUGGUAUUUCUGGGAUUUAUGGAAGCCAGCUCAACCCGCCGGGAGACCCGAAGACCAUUGAGUUGUUCAUGCAGUGGGUAGAGGAGCUAUACAAGAAGGGACGAGAAACCAAGUUGUAG